ACGGUGCCACUUUUAACAAGAGAAGCCCUUGGCAGCCAUAGUGCAAUCCAUACGGUUGUACAGUGGAGCUGUGUGUGAUGCCCUCCAUGCUUCCUGUUGAGAACUUUCGCGGGGACUUCCGAACUGGGCAGCAUUCCGUCCGGCUGAAGAAAAAACGUGGUCAGUCCACAUCUGAAUCGCCAGCUUGGUAUAUGUAUUGCAUGUAUGCACAGGAAGCUCGUCGAUGUUAUUAAGAGAAGAGAGAGCUGCAGCUACGUUGUAGUUGCAGAGUGAAAUGCAAGCCAACCGCACUUGUGCAGAGUCCUCAGGACAAUCCAUGUUGGUGGCAGUGCUUGCAUCACGUGGAUUGCUCCUUGCAAGGCUUCCCUUCCUGGAUGCGGCAGCUCUGACAUCUGUUGAUUCGAGUGCCGUGGUGCUGAGACUGGCCGUUCACAGCUGUCGAUCUCGUUGCCUGCACAAAUAGGAGACCGGCAGACGAUGCUGUGCAGCGAUCGCAAGGCACGUUCUUCUUGCAAGGCUGUUUGUAGUGCCUAUCCUGCUGGUUUGUCCGUCUGCACAGUCUUUGUUUUGAUGAUAAGCUCGGGAACCGUCACAGCAAAGAGAAGAUGAAGAUUGCAGUGGAAGGGUGUGCUCAUGGUGAACUGGAUGCUAUUUAUGGUGCCAUACGAUGCUUGGAAGAGAGGGAGAAUGUGAAGAUUGACCUGUUGAUAUGUUGCGGAGAUUUCCAAGCGGUUCGGAACGAAGAUGAUUUGGGUAACCUGGCCUGUCCAGCUAAGUAUCGGUCCAUGAACACAUUCUGGAAGUACUAUGCGGGGAAGGAGAAGGCACCCUAUCCGACUCUCUUCAUUGGGGGUAAUCAUGAAGCAUCCAACCACCUUUGGGAGCUCUUCUAUGGAGGAUGGGUUUGCCCAAAUGUUUACUUCUUGGGGUUUGCAGGAGUGAUCCGGUUUGGUGGGGUCCGAAUAGGUGGGUUGUCUGGGAUUUACAAGAGUCAUCAUUACCAUCUUGGACACUAUGAGUGCCAGCCGUAUAGCGAGAACGAUAUGCGCUCGAUAUACCAUAUCCGGGAGUACGACGUGUACAGGCUGAAGAAGAUUCAAGAGCACAUGGACAUAUUUCUUUCGCACGACUGGCCGCGGGGCAUUUCCGCACAUGGAAAUGAGAAGCGACUCCUCAAGAGCAAGCCGUACCUCGAAGAAGAGCUGCUAAAGAACACGCUUGGGAGCCCACCGGCUGAAGAGCUCCUUAACCAUCUUCGCCCUUCCUAUUGGUUCUCAGCACACAUGCAUACAAAGUUCGCCGCACUUGUCAGCCAUGAUGGUAGGAGACGUCCUCAGAGCAAUAAUGGCAGCGCUGAACACGAAACGACUUCCAUUCUGAGGACAGGUGGCAAUGAUCAGUCGUCGAUGCAGUGCACAAGGUUUCUAGCACUCGAUAAAUGCCUUCCAGGAAGAGACUUCUUGCAGAUCGUGGACAUCCCCACCCCACCAAACACGUCCAUGCAGUUUGAAUAUGACGAAGAGUGGUUGGCCAUAACGAAGGCAUGCCACUCGUUCUUCCCAUUGCAGAGAGUCCGAGCAGCGAUGCCCUCCCGACCAGUAGAUCUUCAGGCAGAUCGAGCAUGGGUUAAGGAACGAUUGCGCGAACGUGGGACGUCUGCAGUCCCAUCGAACUUCGUGGUUACCGCCCCGCCCUACGAUCCAACUCCAUCAACACCAGAUCGAUCGUCUUCCGGUGGAAUGGCCACUCCACGACGGCCGAGACACAUCGCCAAUCCCCAAACACUGGCAUUUUUGGAAAUGUUGGAUCUUCCUUACUUGCUUGACCACUCGGCGAAGGUGGACAGGAACGUUUCCGGGCCAUGGCUUUGGCCACAUUCACGAACUCCUGAUUGGACGCUGCAGUUUGACGGGACACCACCAGCUUCGAGCUGCCCAUCAAAUCCUUCAGACAUGGGAAGGUCUGCCUCCCAGCACAGGCUGUCGUCGAGAGAGAAGCCUGUACAGAGUUCAGAGGAAAUCGCUAGUGCACUGGAUGUUAGUCAGCCAGUGGAUGGUGAAGUGGAAGAUGAGGAAGAAGAUGAUUACAUUCCUCUGUAAGAUCGCAGUGAUGGUAAUGAGUUUGGCGAAUCAUUUCCGUCACGGGAAGCGAGUGUCUUGCGGCAGCGGUAGAGAUUCAAAAGAUGAGAAUGCGGAGUUUACUCUUCACAUACUGCUUAUGCCAAGCGAGUGUGGCAGAGAUUUGAGAUGCGGAAGAUUAGAGUGCAAGGCCCAUGGCAAUGCCCUUUGGGAGGGACACGAUCAUUUCUUGCGAAUCAAGGAAGCGAACAGAACCUUGAAAAGGAGCCAGAGUGGGAAUGUAUAUCAGACAUGCUGAAUAGGCUGAUGAGGUGGGGGGAAGGGGCGGAGCAGGAAUGUGUAUAUCAAGCAUUCUGAAUGUGCUGAUGAGGCGGAGGAAAUGGGUCUUCUGCAGAGAGCUUGCUAGGGUAAUGCGAUUCAGUGCCAGCUGCGAGAUCCUAUGUGGCUAUAGAAAGGUGUGUUACGCUUUUAAGGCUACAGUAGUAAAGUGUUCGGCUAUUUGCAUGAGAUUGGCUUAACACAUAAGUGGCUGAGGAUGUCUGCCACGUGCACGAUUGCUCGUCUGUGUGCGCGUGGGGAUAAGAAAGAGGCAUUUCAACAAGGUGUUUUUUUUUAGUUGUAAACAUUUCUUUUUUCCCCUUUUGCUUGGGAGCAAGCAGCCGCACAUCGAUUUUGACUCGUAAGGAGGUCACACGCAUCAUUUAGUCUGGACAGGAGCGGUAUGGCGCCAGGUCAGUUCUUCAACUGCCUAGUAUGGGUUACAAGAUAUGCGCAAAAUGGGACUAUUAACUUCUUUGUUACCUUUUACUUAUGCAGCUUUAUGCUAUGAUGCUAAUAGGCAGCAUGUCUUUCAUCAGAUUUCCUUUUGCCUUGUGGUCGAGAUCUUGCCAGAUAAUGUGAGCAGCUGCAUAAGAGCAGAAAGCUUGCCGGACUGGGGAAAGCGACCUCUGCUUUUUUCCCUGUUGCACCUUUGACUCCACUCUGAUGAUAGAUAGGUCAGAUGCGCUCAAGUAGAGAAAAGGUUGUGACGCGGGUGAGGUGAUUUGAACAAGGUGAUUGCUGAUCUUGGCUGAUUGAUCAAUGUGAAGGAGGAUGUAGAGAUAUACCUGGCAGUCGAGAUCUUGGCCGAGGACCGAAGCAAACUGAAAAAAUGCAAAGAUCGUGGUGGUGGUAUGUUCAGUGGCGGAUGAAGUGUCCACAUGUCGUGGUGGCAGUGGUGGUCUAGUUGCUGGGGAGAUUUGAACGAGAUGAUUGCUGAUCCUGGCUGAUUGGAGAAUGUGAAGGAUGUAAAGAUCGACCGUAUUCGAAUCC